AUGGGAAAUAGCCCGUCCAAAGAUGACUCUUCGGUAUCAGCUACCGCUUCCAGUGGAGCUGGAGCUUCCAGCUCUCUAUCUACGUCCUUGAUUGCUGCCGCGGAGGAUGAGCCGUCGCGAAGUAUGCACUUCAAAAAACAAGCGCAGUUGGAGAGGCAUCCAAGAUCCAUUACUGAGAUUCCCAGCAGCCCUCGUUACGAUGAGGACGCGAUGAAGACACCCAAGCAGAAGUAUCAAUCAACGCAUGAGUCGGGAUCACCUUUUGAUCUAGAAAUUGGGGUCAAUAUGGCAAAGGCACUCUCCAUAUCGAAGCUCUCCCCCCACAAUUUCCUGGUUCCCACGAGCAAUUCUCCCGAAAAUGUGUCUUCUUCAAUGGGUUCGGACAAUUCGUAUUUCACAGAUGUUUCCUCAAGCUCAGUUUCACCUUCGACAACUCCACCGUCCAAUCAGGAAACUCUUUUGUAUCCUAUAGGAGUGAAGGAGGAUGCCUCUGAAGAGGCGUCUUUUCCAGGUCAAUCCCCUCCUUUAAUCGAAAAGCCCUCUUCGGAAAACUCGUUUGAUCUCGAUGCCAUAAUUGAAACUUUGGUUGAGACAGGCUUCUCGCGAUCAUACUCACGGAAGUUUAAAAUCAGCGGCAAGGAUAUCAAGUACAUUUGUGCCAGUGCUAGGAAGAUAUUUUUGGAUCAACCUAUGCUAUUGGAGCUUGCAUCCCCUGUUAAAGUAGUUGGGGACAUUCAUGGUCAAUUCCAUGAUCUUUUGCGGGUGUUCAAGCUGUGUGGAUUUCCUCCUCACUCCAACUACCUUUUCCUUGGCGACUAUGUGGACCGUGGAAAACAGUCUCUGGAGACGAUUCUGUUGCUGCUGUGUUUAAAAAUCAAAUACCCUGAGAACUUCUUCAUGUUGAGAGGAAAUCACGAAUCGGCUAACGUCACUAAGAUGUACGGUUUCUACGAUGAAUGCAAACGGCGGUCUAGUCUCAAGACUUGGAAGACAGUUGUGGACGUUUUCAACGCACUGCCGGUGGCGGCAACUAUAAGCGACAAGAUUUUCUGUGUUCAUGGAGGUUUAUCACCCACACUAACGGAUUUAGACCAGAUUAGAAGCAUCAGAAGACCUACAGAUAUCCCCGAAUCCGGUCUGUUGGCCGAUCUCCUAUGGUCCGACCCAGACUCGGAAACUAACAAUUGGUCUGAGAACGACAGAGGAGUUUCUUACUGUUUCGGAAAGAAGACUGUGACCAAAUUCUGUCAGCAUUUCAACUUUGACCUGGUAGCCAGAGGCCACAUGGUUGUCGAGGAGGGCUACGAGUUCUUUGCUAAGAGGAAACUGGUGACCGUGUUCUCCGCUCCGAACUAUUGUGGAGAAUUUGACAAUUGGGGUGCUGUUAUGAGUGUGAAUAAGGGUUUGAUGUGUUCCUUUGACUUGCUCAAGCCUACACAGAAGAAGUAG